UUAUCCCUAUAUUUCAUCCUCCACCACCUUCAUAUUGUUUUGUUGUGCCGAAGUAUCGACACGUUCAUCGUUAACUCUUCACAUCGUUUUAUUAAACUAAACAUAAAAAACAACGUUUUAUUCUACUGGAAUAUGCCAGAGCAUAAAAAGAAAAGGUCGAGGUCCAGGUCACGGUCAUCAGAUCGUCGACAUAAAAGACGCAAAGUCGACCAAAUGCAGCUACAAUUGGAUAACCUCACAAAGGCGGUUGAGGGCUUGGUCCGAGCCCAAAACAACCAACCUCAAGCUUUGCCACCAAAUAAUGGGGCCCAGCUACCUAAUAUUGAGGUUUCAAAUACUAAGAUUGCUGACAACAAAGAGGAUAAAGAGAAUAUCCCGGAAGCUGCGAACACCAACUCUGAAACGAACAUGAGAGAUGACCUCAAGGGUCCAGCGACAGAUUUUUCCCUAGACGCAACGGACAAGGAUAACAUCCUUAAAGUUUUGGGAGUAGACUUGAAUGAGUCAAAAUUUAAAAAAGUCAAAUUUCACGCCGAAUUGAAAAAUACCUGGUCCAAAUGGGUGAAGCAGGGACUCCCGGAGAAAAACAAGACUGAAAUUCUAGAGUCAUACAACCGAAAAGGGGAUCUGUUCACAGAGGCUCCCAAGGUGAAUUUGGAGAUACUCCCUCUUCUCUCUGAUGUGGCAAAAAAGCGUGACCAACAUUUUUCAGAGACACAAAAUUGUAUCGGUUCAGCGUUGAUUGCACUAGGCGGCGCAAUUUCCAUGCUCAUCGACCCCCCAGAUGAUGGACUAGAUGAAGACAUCUUUACCGAUUACUUGAGCCAGGCGGGACAGCUAUUAACAGACGUAUUCUUUCAGCAGUCUGUAGCUCGGAAAUCAUUCAUCACCCCUCAACUCAAUAAAUCAAUAAAACCGGCGGUUGAGGCGAUGAUUUCUGACGAAUGGCUCUAUGGGAAUGAUUUAAAAGAUAAAGUGAAGGAUGUCAAAGAAAUCGCCAAAGCUUGCGAACAGAUUAAGGAGAAACCCCAGCCUAAAACUAUCAUGAGAUCACAGGUCCAGGGAAACUCGAGGUACCCGUCUACGAACUCUCGUCAGACGGGGUACCAUCAGAAAUCUCGGAAGUUCCUAUUCAAGAAGAGGUCGAAUCAAGGUGCAUCCUCCAGCUCAGCCAAGAUGAGCUCUCGGACGACAACCCAAUCUUCAUCAAAGAAGUAACGCAGGAACGAGAUACACCCAUUGGCAUCCCGCCUUUCCCUGGUGGCAGGGAAAUUGUCCGGUCAGCGUUCUUAAAGAAAGGAGUACCGGAAGACUCCCUAGAUGUUAUGGUCAACUCCGUCACUAACUCAACUCUCA